GCAGGUUGUGUCUGUGUCGUUGGCGGAAAGUGCAGCUGAGCGCGCGACAAUUUGAUCGGAAUAUUACGUAGUUGUUCCUAGCUAUAAAUCCUGCAUACAAAUUAAAUCAAUUUAUUGGUAUAUUACUAGUGUGAACAGUUAAACUACAAUUGCCGACUCUGCCAGCGUUGCAAAUGAGUAUUUUUAUAUGAGUAUUUAACCCGUACUUAGUGUGUGUUUGUCUGUACUCGUGACGCGUACUCGUUAGUGAACAAGUGAGCGGCCAAGCGUUUAAUUAACCAAAAAUAAUAAGCAAAUUAAUUACCUAAAAAAUAUAUUUAUAAAAAAAAAACACACACACAAAACACAAAAUGACAAAGCUAAACGUUUUAUAUGCAACGAUCCUCUGCUGCCUCGCAGUCUCGUCGCAGGCGCGAGCGAGGACUCUGAUUGAAAAUAUCACAGAAAGCGCCAAUUCCAUUGUGAAAAACAUCGAUACCUACGAUUUUCCCUCCUGCCAAAUAUACUGUUAUGGACGCCUACUGCACACCGUACAGAUGGCGAAGCUAUUUCCGGACUCGAAAACUUUUGUGGACAUGAAGUUGAAGGCUUCUCCCGAGACAACCUUGGAGGAGUUCGAUGCUUUCAUGGCUUCAAAGAAUAAUACACCUACCAGGGACGAGAUUCGGGAAUUUGUUGAUGCUCAUUUUGGAGCGAAGGGCACCGAGUUGGAUGUGUGGUCACCAACAGAUUGGGUUGAGCGUCCUGGCUUUCUGGAUCUUGUCCACGAUCCAGAUCUUAGGCAAUGGGGCAUGGACUUAAAUAACAUAUGGAGGGAGCUGGGACGUAAAAUGAAAGACGAUGUGCAAAAGAAUCCGCAGUAUUACUCGAUUAUUCCCGUACCAAAUCCCGUCAUUGUGCCGGGCGGCCGCUUUAUUGAGUUCUACUAUUGGGACUCCUACUGGAUCAUCCGUGGUCUGCUGCAUAGCGAGAUGAAAAAUACCGCACGCGGCAUGAUCGAAAACUUUUUGAACAUGGUGCAGCGCAUCGGAUUCAUACCGAACGGCGGCCGUGUCUACUAUUGGGGUCGUUCUCAGCCGCCGCUGCUAACGGGAAUGGUUAAGUCAUAUGUGGACUUCACAAAGGACGAUCUGUUCGCCAUCAAUGCUUUGGAUGUGCUGGAGCACGAGUUCGAAUAUUUCAUCAACAACCACACCGUGCAGGCAAAGGGACAUAACCUAGUUGCAUACAGGGAUUCGUCAACCGGUCCACGCCCCGAAUCGUACAGCGAGGACGUGGAAACAUCGGAGAGCUUCGUCACUGAUGCGGAAAAGGAGGAUCACUAUAGCGAACUAAAGUCUGCUGCCGAGUCGGGCAUGGACUUCAGCUCCCGCUGGUACAUCAACGAAGAUGGAACAAAUGUUGGAAACCUUACGAACGCCAAGACGCGCUCCAUUGUCCCUGUCGAGCUAAAUGCAAUUCUUUAUUGGAACGCCAAAAUGAUUGCCGAGUUCCACUCCAAGGCCGGCAACGUCGAAAAGAUGACAGAGUACGAGACCAAGGCACAGAAAAUCAAGGAGGCGAUACAGGCAGUAUUGUGGAACGAGGAAGCCGGUUGCUGGCUGGACUACGAUCUGAUCAACGACAAGCCGCGCAACUAUUUCGUGCCCACCAAUUUAUCGCCGCUGUGGGUGAAGGCAUACAACAUUUCCGAUUCGGAGAAAAUAUCUACAUCUGUGCUGAAGUAUAUUGAAGAUAACAAACUGGACACAUUCCCAGGCGGCGUACCGAACACGCUCUAUCAGACCGGUGAGCAGUGGGACUUCCCGAAUGUAUGGGCGCCGAUGCAGUAUAUUCUUGUCGAGGGUCUUGACAAUCUGGGAACUCCAGAAGCCAAGGAGCUCUCGCAACGCUGGGGCCAGCGAUGGGUCAAGUCCAAUUUUGAGGCAUAUCGCGAGACCCUUGCCAUGUUUGAAAAGUACGACGCGGAGAAGUUUGGCGGACAUGGUGGCGGUGGGGAAUACGGCGUGCAGACGGGCUUUGGCUGGACCAACGGCGUGAUCAUCGAAUGGCUGGCGAAAUACGGACGCCAGAUCUCUCUGAGCGGCAACACGGGCGCUGCAGCUCCCAGCAGUCGGAUAAUCAGCCUUUUGGGCGUGACAGCUGUAGCGUUAGUGGGCGCCUUGGCCGGCCGAUUUAUCUGGUGAGAAAAUGACUGUGUGCCAACUGUAAUUGCCCUAAAUGAAAAUGUGAUUCCCCUUUACCUAUGUGUGUGCGUGAUUUUGUUUUGUUUUUUUUUUUUGUUUUUCCUCCUAGUUACAUAAAAAGCCUUUUCAAUUAUUGCUUUGUUGAAUGCGGAGAUUGCAGUAUUAGUUAUUAACAAUUUACAGUUGACUUAUUGUUAGAUAACUGAGUUAUACAUACAGAGUUUAACGGGCAUGCCCAUAUUGUUAUUAUUAAAAUAUAUGAAGUAAACAUGUACACGAAUUUAUGUGAGUGCAUGCAUACAAUUAGAAUAUCCUCGCCACCCCAUGAAUACACAAGUGUUAUGAAAUCACAAUUUGAUAUAUUUUUGAUGUUGUUACUUGUUAACAAAAAUUGCCAAAUUGUCUGCUUUGAUUAUUAAAUAAAAGACAUACUUGUUGCAUGAAACCCUGCCUUACGGAAUACUGAAAACAAAUAUGAUUAUAAUUUUUCAAUUUGCAGGCGGACUUGGUUCAAGUAACUCACAGUAAUGAGUAGCACGAACGUCAAGUGUACAUAGUUUUUUAUUUUUAUAUUUUUGCUUAGCUUGCGUUCUAAAUUCAAUAUUCGGAAGCUUAUCUACAAAGUAGCUAACACAUUAGGGAGUUAGAUUAGUUAAAUAGUCUGAAAAUAAAUCUUGACUUUCUUUUGUGAAUGGAUAUGACUCGGUUUAAUUCGACAAGGACACUACAAUUGAAACACAAACUCCCCAAAAACAAAUAAACAAAAGGAGGAAUUGCAGUACACAGUACAUAAACAUACAUACAAAAAACA